CAUGGGCUCGCAGCAGCUACUUAAAGCAGCGGCACCUCCUCUUCCUCCCCGAGCACCCCACCAACACCAUCGCGGCAUCACAGUUCACGCGCGCUUGGCAUCCUGCCUCUCCGCCCUCGAGUGCUGGCCGGAGGCUGGAGCAAGUGGAGGAUGGGCACCAAGGGUGCGGCAACUUUGCUUGCCAUCCUCUGCUCCUUGCUUCUUCUCUCGUUGAGCUGCGGGUGCCUGGCGCCAGAGUCGGAGGGGGAUCAGACGGCACUGCUGGAGGUCGAUACAUCAUGGAAGGCCGCCAGAAAGAUCCCUCAAACCCUCUUUGGCUUGUUCUUUGAGGAAAUCAACCACGCUGGAGCUGGUGGAUUGUGGGCGGAGCUUGUCAGUAACAGAGGUUUUGAAGCUGGAGGGCCUUACACUCCUUCAAAUAUAGAUCCAUGGUCCAUCAUUGGUGACGAAUCCUCCAUAUACGUGAAGACUGAAAGAGCAUCUUGUUUCAGUAGAAAUAUCGUUGCUCUAAGGAUGGAAAUUCUUUGUGCCAAGUGUCCAGCUGGCGGUGUUGGUAUUUACAACCCGGGAUUCUGGGGCAUGAACAUCGAAGAGGGGAAGAGCUAUAAUCUGGUAAUGUAUAUCAGAUCACUAGAAUCCGUGGAGUUGACUGCUUCACUCACAUGUUCAGAUGGACUGCAAAAUAUAGCAGCAGCUGUCAUAGUAGAUACAAAUGUGUCAGAUUGGAGAAAGAUAGAGAUGCAAUUAUUAGCUAAAGGAACGUGCAGAACUUCAAGACUUGAGUUAACAACUUCCAAAAGGGGAGUCAUAUGGAUCGAUCAAGUGUCGCUCAUACCUUCAGAUACAUACAAGGGCCAUGGCUUUCGCAAGGAACUCAUACACAUGCUUGUGGAUUUAAAACCACAGUUCCUACGAUUUCCUGGUGGUACCUUUGUUGAAGGCAUUUUGUUAAGAAAUGCUUUCAGAUGGAGGGAAACUAUCGGUCCAUGGGAAGAGAGGCCUGGGCACUAUGGAGACGUUUGGAAUUACUGGACAGAUGAUGGUCUUGGGUAUUAUGAGCUUCUCCAGCUUGCGGAAGACCUGGGCGCCGAGCCAAUCUGGGUUUUUAAUGCUGGGAUCAGCCGGAAUGAUCAAGUUGAUACCACUGCCAUCGCACCUUUUGUAAAGGAUGUAUUGGACAGCCUUGAGUUCGCUAGGGGAAGUGCAAAAUCGACAUGGGGAUCUGUUAGAGCUGCAAUGGGGCAUCCUGAACGAUUUCCGCUGAAGUAUGUCGCGGUUGGGAAUGAAGAUUGUGACAACACCAAACCAUUUUACCAGGGACAUUACCUCAAGUUCUACAAUGCCAUACGAGGGGCCUAUCCAGAUAUUCAAAUUAUUUCAAACUGCGAUGGCUCAUCUGAGCCACUUGACCAUCCUGCGGAUUUAUAUGAUUUCCAUAUAUAUAACAGUGCUAAUGAUCUUUUUCUCAAGAAAGAUACAUUUAGCAGGACAUCACGUACCGGGCCUAAGGUAUUCGUUAGUGAGUAUGCUGUUCAUGUUGAUGGGGAUACCAGCAAGGGAAGCCUUCAAGCUUCAUUGGCAGAGGCUGCAUUCCUCAUUGGAUUAGAAGUGAAUAGUGAUAUCGUCCACAUGGCGAGCUAUGCUCCACUCUUCGUAAAUGACAACGACCGCAAAUGGAACCCAGAUGCGAUAGUCUUCAACUCCUGGCAACAGUAUGGAACUCCUAGUUACUGGAUGCAGACAUUUUUCGGUGAAUCAAGUGGUGCUGUGAUCCAUCCAGUGAGACUCAAUUCCAGCUACUCUGGUUCAUUGGCAGCAUCUGCAAUUACCUGGCAAGACAAUGAGGAUAUCUUCCUGAGGAUAAAGAUUGUGAACUUUGGGCCGAACGCUGUGAACCUCACAUUAUCUGCAACCGGACUGGAAGCUGGUGUUAAUGCGUCAAGAUCAGCUGUCACCGUUCUCACAUCCAACGAUUCAUUGGAUGAGAACUCGUUUGAUGACCCACUUAAGGUUAAGCCGGUAAAAAGUGGUCUACCCAGCGCUGCAGAGGAGAUGCAGGCCAUGCUGGUUCCUCACUCUUUCACUUCAUUUGAUCUGGCUCUGGAUGAGUACGGCGAGCUCGCAGCUGACAUGUGAAGAAGCAAUGGUGAGAGGUUUAGGCGAGGUGGAAAACAAGAUGAUUUACACGAGGCAUUGAUCGAUCAGCAGGUCUGGUGCAUGGAUUCCAGAAAGCAAGCGAAAUGUGAAGUUGUCUUCCCUGGUUCAUUGGAAGUAUAUAGAUAAAUAAAUAUAGGUUUGUUUUUCUGGUAUUUGGCUAUUAGGCCUCAUGUGAUCGGUCCUGGUAUCCAUGACACUACUUGUUGACCUGCCGCAAGCAUAUAUCAAAAUGAAUGAAAAGGUUGCCACGAUGA